ACAACCUCGACGUGGGGGUGGAGACUGGUCCAGCCGCGGGGUAGGUGGGAUGUACCUGUCGCUCCCACGCCAUUUAAUAAUGGUUCAAGUAUAAUUGGCAAGGCGAUAAUAGCGCGUUCUGUACAUUUUGCCUACGUGGGGGGACAGCUGACCCUCUAUUUUAUCUGUCUUGAAUUAGGUGGAGCAUGGUCUAUUAGCUAGUUAUUGCUACAAUACUCUUCUCGGACUUCCUCCUUACUUCGCCCUGUUCGCCGUUUUACGCUUUUCUUCUUCUCACGUCUAACUAUCAACUUUCACCUCUCACCAUUCGAUUUUCUGUGAACAUAUUCAAAACAGAAAAGCUAAAGACAAUCUUGUAAAUAUGGCUCCCAGACCUCUCACAGGUGGGGUUUACGUCCCGACGGUAGCUUUCUUCCUGCCCAAUGAAGAAGUCGACGUGGCUACUGUUGAAAAGCACGCUGUUUACCUCGCUAAGGCCGGCGUUGCUGGUAUCGUCGUACAAGGAAGCAAUGGUGAAGCCGUGCAUCUCGACCGGGAAGAGCGAAAACUCAUCGCGCGCGCUACACGCAAGGCUCUCGAUGCUAACGGAUUCGAUAAAGUGCCUGUCAUCGUCGGGACUGGCGCUCAGUCAACACGCGAAACUAUCCUCUACUCUAAGGAUGCCGCCGAAGCGGGUGCGGACUACGUGAUCGCCCUGCCACCGUCGUACUACAAGGGUCAAGAUACAGUGCAAUCGCGACGAGCCUACUUCACUGAUGUAGCCGAUGCCUCGCCCGUCCCUGUCCUGAUUUACAACUACCCCGGUGCCGCCAAUGGCGUUGAUCUCACCUCGGAUGACAUUAUUGCUCUAGCUCAACACCCCAAUAUUAUCGGUACCAAGUUGACGUGCGCAAACACUGGCAAGCUCGCUCGUAUUGCUGCCGCCGUGAAACCCGGCUUCUUUACGUUUGGUGGUUCCUCCGACUUUACGCUCCCAACGCUGGUCGCUGGAGGCCAGGGAGUUAUUGCCGGUGUGGCCAACGUGAUUCCUCGUGCUUCUGUCGAGGUCUAUAAGCUCUACACCGCCGGCAAGGUUGCUGAAGCCCAGAAGCUGCAGUCCGUCGUCGCCCGGGCUGACUGGGUUACCAUUCAGGGUGGAUUCCCUGCCGUCAAGGCAGCUCUGCAGGCAUUCAACGGAUACGGAGGUGUGCCUCGCCGACCAACGCCUGCGGCUGACGUCGCUGCGACCAAAGAGGCUUUCGAGGAGGGUUGGUCCGUUGAGACCUCCCUGGCGAAGAAUUAGUUGCAUAUCUCUGUCGUUAAUUGAAUUCCGAAUCAUAGAUAUCCAAUGAACAAUUUCCGUGUUCAAUCUCAUCAUCCAUACCAUUAACCCCUCAAUCACGGCCUUUUUCCCGAACAGCAUUAAUUUCCUGGUACCCCGCGAAAUAGUAGACUCCCCACGCUAGGCGACGACUACGCCGUUUAACAGCCUGAAUUGUUGGAAUUUGUGAGAGAAAUGUGGGGGUCUCCCACGCUCUUCGAAGGAUAACCCCCCGCCCCCGCAUGGCUCGGCGGAUGGCCGCAUG